AUGAAUGUGAGUAGGAGAAAGAGAGGAAUGGAGGGGUGAAGAUGAGGGGUGGAAUUAAGGGUCCAGUGCCGUUCCGUCGUUCUUCAGAAAGGUUAAAUGGAAAAGCAGCACCUUCUCUCGCUCUGAUUUGGGUUAACCUAACUGUUUUCAUGGAUGGUGGCGCUUGGGUUUGACUAGAUAGGAGGAGUGUUGCGUCGUAGUAAAUGUGUAGCAUGUUUUGUUCACUUAGUGUUCCAUGACCACAACAACAACAGGAAGUUGAAGAAAAAAACAUUGGUUUCUACCUCUUUGCCAAUGCAACAGUUUGUGAGGCGUGAGGGUAUACACAUUCUGUUUCUCCACAGGUAGCGUGAAACAACCUCUCUUUCUCCUUCUCUCUCUUUUCUUUCUCUCUCUCUCUCUCUCUCUCUCUCUCUCUCUCUCUCUCUCUCUCUCUCUCUCUCUCUCUCUCUCUCUCUCUCUCUCUCUCUCUCUCUCUCUCUCUCUCUCUCUCUCUCUCUCUCUCUCUCUCACCUCUGAGUUCUCUCCUAUCCCCCUGUUCUUUCAUCUCAAUAAUUAGCUUAUUUGUCCUUGCUCCCUUCUUAUUUCUCUCUUUCUCCUUCCCUCUUUUCUCAACCUUUGGGACCUCUUAGAUCCGGAUAAACAGGGAAGUAAGUACUACUGCUUCUCUUCUCUUCUCUUUCUUUUCCAUCAAUCCUCCCGCUCACCUUGUGCCCUCUGCGUACCCCCUUAUUCCUUCCACCUUUCCAUCGCUCCACCACUUUCUAAUCUCUCCGUCUCUGAGCCCCCCCAGCCCCAGGCACCAGCUGCUCCCCAGAGUUUAAUUUAGCCAAACCUGCUCCGCUACACCAUCUGCAGCCAGACUAGACUCACUUAGAGUAAGGGAUUUGUAUUAGGUUUGUCUGUCCCCCGUCACAGCAGAGAUGACACAAAGCGUGUCUUAUUGCAGGCAAGUCUGUCCCAAUAGACAGUUAGAGCUUUAAAUUACAUAUUACAACUAUCCUCCAUCAGAAAUGGUACAAAGGAACCAAUGGGAGGAGCACAGUCUAAGAUUGCAUCCUAAAUGGAACCCGAUUACCAUUACAGUGCGCUACUUUUGGCCUCAAAGGUCUCAGUCUAUUCCCUAUAUAGUUCCUUACUCUUGGCUAAAGCUCAGAUAUGCCCUGAAGGCAGUAGAGACCCCAUGCAGAGAAAGCAUGCAGGGCCAAAGCCAGGAAAGAUACAUACACGCUCAGCUCAGAUCAGACACAGCGAAGGGCUACUAGAGCAUGUUCACAGGCAACACUCUGCACGGCCAGACCCUGAACAUAACAUGUAAGACUGUUUUCAACCUGUUUUCUGCCCCUGUAUCACAUUCUGUUGGAUGUUUCUCACACAUAUAUUUUAAAAUAGUGUUUUGGCUAAUCUUCAACCACAUAGUGGGCUAUCUAUCUAGGUCAAACUAGAUUGGUUUGAAGGGGUCCAACUUGCUGUGGAAGAAGAGAACAUGUAAAGGGAGAGAUUGCCAACUUCAUCUUGGAUUUCUUCUUGGCUUUCCAUCUUGUGGCAACUUGCUUUCCAUCCCAUCAUGUUACGACAUUGUGAUGUGAUGGGUUUUGUCAUGGUGUAAGUGUGGUGGAGAGCAUGAGAGAAUUUUUAUUUGUAUUUAAUUUUUUUAAUUCAGUUAUUUUUCAUCCAUUUUGAAUUUCACACUGCUUGAUGUGAUGCUGUCUGCUCGCUGUAGGCAGAGGGUGGUGGUUGCCUAGGUGACAGACAGACAGGAAGCACACACACACAGUGAAGCAGAGAGGAUCAUGGGAAGGAUGGGAAUGGGGGUCACUGCACUCUAGCAUGGCAACGGUCAUUCAUCUCCCCUCCUCUCUGUGUGGCAUGGCACUUAUGGAAUGGAAUGAGCGGUGUGUGUGUGUGUGUGUGUGUGUGUUUGUGUGUGUAUUCCCUUACAGCCAAGAGUGAUGAGGGGACCAUGCCCAGGGCUGGAGGAUUUGUCUUGCUUUACAUUCUCCUCUCUCUCUCUCAUGCUCUCACACACGCACACGCACUCGCACACACACACACACACACACACACACACAGUGAUAAGGGGACCAUGCUCAGGGCUGGAGGAUGGACACACACAGACCAUGACUAGCAAUCCCAUCUGACAGUGUCCAGGAUUGAUCAUAGCAGCAGUUAUGUAUCCCCCAGGAGAACAGACAAUGGCAGAUCAGUCAGUGUCAAUCGGCUGAAAUGAAAGCAUUAUAAUUUCCCUUUUGAAGGAACCUUUUGUACUUUAUUAUUGCUCUAUACCUGAACAGUUAAUGGCAAAAUGCUGCCUGAACAAAGAAAAAAGUUAAUUGGUAGGAGGAAGCUGCCCAUUGAGAAAAUGACGGUCCCUCUCUCUAGAUAAUUAUGGCCGCUCUAGAGAAAUCUCCUUAACUACCUGUUAUCCAACAGUCCAACCUUUACAAUAUGAAAACAUUAUAAUAUGAAAACCACUUGGUAUUAUAUCUAGGUAGACGAUGAAUACAAUGCAAGCUCCACUACAUAUACUGUACGGUGUCAUUCAAUACCACAUCAGAAAUAAGAGAGGAGAGGAGACUGAGGGAGGGGGAUGGUGGUGGUUCUGUAUAGUGACUCUAGGGACAGGUGUUUAAACUGUGCUACUCUGAUGUUCAACUCUCUCUCUUUCUUUCUCUCUCUUUCUUUCUUCCUUCCUCAACAUCUCUUUCUUUCACAGGGGUACCAGCGAUCAAACCACUUCAUAGCCACCCAAGGUGAGUGCCCUUGGAAUACUUUUUCAGAAAUCAAAAAAUUGUAAUAUACCGUAUUUACUGUGUGUAUGUGUGUGCAUGCGCAGCCAAGCCUCCCAGUUGUUGAUAUUAAAAUAAUUAUUUGAAUUAUUAAUGUGUAAACACACUGGCUGGGGCUCCAUCAUGUUGUGUGUCUGGGUAGAACUUUAUUCUCUACCACCCAAACACCACCUUUCAGCUUUCUCUCUCUCUCUCUCUCUCUCUCUCUCUCUCUCUCUCUCUCUCUCUCUCUCUCUCUCUCUCUCUCUCUCUCUCUCUCUCUCUCUCUCUUAUAUAUAUAGUUUGGGGUCACUUAGAAAUGUCCUUGUUUUUGAAAGAAAAGCAUUUUUUUUGUCCAUUAAAAUAACAUCAAAUUGAUCAGAAAUACAGUGUAGACAUUGUUAAUGUUGUAAAUGGCUAUUGUAGCUGGAAACGGCUGAUCUACAUAGGAAUACAGAGGCCAAUUAUCAGCAAGCAUCAGUCCUGUGUUCCAAUGGCACGUUGUGUUUGCUAAUCCAAGUUGAUCAUUUUAAAAGGCUAAUUGAUCAUUAGGAAACCCUUUUGCAAUUAUGUUAGCACAGCUGAAAACUGUUGUGCUGAUUAAAGAAGCAAUAAAACUGGCAUUCUUGAGACUAGUUGAGUUUCUGGAGCAUCAGCAACUGUGGGCUCGAGUACAGGCUCAAAAUGGCCAGAAACAAAUAACUUUCUUCUGAAACUCGUCAGUCUAUUCUUGUUCUGCGAAAUGAAGGCUAUUCCAUGCGAGAAAUUGCCAAGAAACUGAAGAUCUCGUACAACGCUGUGUACUACUCCCUUCACAGAACAGCGCAAACCGUCUCUAACCAGAAUAGAAAGAGGAGACACAUCUCCACAUCAACUGUUCUGAGGGGACUGUGUGAAUCAGGCCUUCAUGGUCGAAUUGCUGCAAAGAAACCACUACUAAAGGACACCAAUAAGAAGAAGAGACCUGCUUGGGCCAAGAAACACGAGCAAUGGACAUUAGACCAGUGACAAUUUGACCUUUGGUCUGGAGUCCAAAUUUGAGAUUUUUGGUUCCAACCACCGUAUCUUUGUGAGACGCGGUGUGGGUGAACGGAUUAUCUCUGCAUGUGUAGUUCCCACCGUAAAGCAUGGAGGAGGAGGUGUUAUGGUGUGGGGGUGAUUUGCUGGUGACACUCUGUGACUUAACCAGCAUGGCUACCGCAGCAUUCUGCAGCGAUACAACAUCCCAUCUGGUUUGGGCUUAGUGGGACUAUAAUUUGUUUUUCAACAGGACAAUGACCCAACACACCUCCAGGCUGUGUAAGGGCUAUUUUACCAAGAAGGAGAGUGAUGGAGUGCUGCAUCAGAUGACCUGGCCUCCACAAUCCCCCGACCUCAACCCAAUUGAGAUGGUUUGGGAUGAGUCGGACGGCAGUGUGAAGGAAAAGUAGCCAACAAGUGCUCAGCAUAUGUGGGAACUCCUUCAAGGCUGUUGGAAAAGCAUUCCAGGUGAAGCUGGUUGAGAGAAUGCCAAGAGUGUGCAAAGCUGUCAUCAAGGCAAAGGGUGGCUACUUAGGGUUACACUUUUUGGGUUACUACAUGAUUACAUAUGUGUUAUUUGAUAGUUUUUUAUGACUUCACUAUUAUUCUACAAUGUAGAAAAUAGUAAAAAUAAAGACAAACCCUUGAAUGAGUAGGUGUGUCCAAACUUUUGACUGGUACUGUAUAUAUACAGUAUAUAUUCUAUAUAUUUAUAUAUGAUUCCCAACCCUUGUCCUGGAGAGCUAGACUCCUGCAGGCUUUCCCUCCAACCCUAAUCUCUCUAUCUCUCAUCGGAGUGCAUGCUGUGAGUGAAUCGUGAAGCAGGAGUGAUUGUGAGAGCGACUGGAAUUAUUUACACUCUAUUGGGUUUCGGUGUGUAUAUAUAUACAGUGAGGGAAAAAAGUAUUUGAUCCCCUGCUGAUUUUGUACGUUAUCCCACUGACAAAGAAAUGACCAGUCUAUAAUUUUAAUGGUAGGUUUAUUUGAACAGUGAGAGACAGAAUAACAACAAAUAAAUCCAGAAAAAUGCAUGUCUAAAAUGUUAUAAAUUGAUUUGCAUUUUAAUGAGGGAAAUAAGUAUUUGACCCCCUCUCAAUCAGAAAGAUUUCUGGCACCCAGGUGUCUUUUAUACAGGUAACGUGCUGAGAUUAGGAGCACACUCUUAAAGGGAGUGCUCCUAAUCUCAGCGUGUUACCUGUAUAAAAGACACCUGUCCACAGAAGCAAUCAAUCAAUCAGAUUCCAAACUCUCCACCAUGGCCAAGACCAUAGAGCUCUCCAAGGAUGUCAGGGACAAGAUUGUAAACCUACACAAGGCUGGAAUGGGCUACAAGACCAUUGCCAAGCAGCUUGGUGAGAAGGUUACAACAGUUGGUGCGAUUAUUCGCAAAUGGAAGAAACACAAAAUAACUGUCAAUCUCCCUCGGCCUGGGGCUCCAUGUAAGAUCUCACCUCGUGGAGUUGCAAUGAUCAUGAGAACGGUGAGGAAUCAGCCUAGAACUACACGGGAGGAUCUUGUCAAUGAUCUCAAGGCAGCUGGGACCAUAGUCACCAAGAAAACAAUUGGUAACACACUACACCGUGAAGGACUGAAAUCCUGCAGCGCCCGCAAGGUCCCCCUGCUCAAGAAAGCACAUAUGCAUGCCCAUCUGAAGUUUGCCAAUGAACAUCUGAAUGAUUCAGAGGAGAACUGGGUGAAAGUGGUGUGGUCAGAUGAGACCAAAAUGGAGCUCUUUGGCAUCAACUCAACUCGCCGUGUUUGGAGGAGGAGGAAUUCUGCCUAUGACGCCAAGAACACCAUCCCCACCGUCAAACAUGGAGGUGGAAACAUUAUGCUUUGGGGGUUUUUUUCUGCUAAGGGGACAGGACAACUUCACCGCAUCAAAGGGACGAUGGACGGGGCCAUGUACCGUCAAAUCUUGGGUGAGAACCUCCUUCCCUCAGCCAGGGCAUUGAAAAUGGGUCGUGGAUGGGUAUUCCAGCAUGACAAUGACCCAAAACACACGGUCAAGGCAACAAAGCAGUGGUUCAAGAAGAAACACAUUAAGGUCCUGGAGUGGCCUAGCCAGUCUCCAGACCUUAAUCCCAUAGAAAAUCUGUGGAGGGAGCUGAAGGUUCGAGUUGCCAAACGUCAGCCUCGAAACCUUAAUGACUUGGAGAAGAUCUGCAAAGAGGAGUGAGACAAAAUCCCUCCUGAGAUGUGUGCAAACCUGGUGGCCAACUACAAGAAACGUCUGACCUCUGUGAUUGCCAACAAGGGUACUAUGUCAUGUUUUGCAGAGGGGUCAAAUACUUAUUUCCCUCAUUAAAAUCAUUAAAAUGUAUAACAUUUUUGACAUGCGUUUUUCUGGAUUUUUGUUGUUGUUAUUCUGUCUCUCACUGUUCAAAUAAACCUACCAUUAAAAUUAUAGACUGAUCAUUUCUUUGUCAGUGGGCAAACAUACAAAAUCAGCAGGGGAUCAAAUACUUUUUUCCCCUCACUGUAUAUUGAUUAGUUUAGUUGUUGUAAGGUUAUCUUGCCUAACUAUCAGUAAGCACGUAUAGGGGUGGGGGAUCGUUGAGGUUGUUUUUCUCGAGGCACAACCAGCGGGUCGGGCUGGUUGCAAUUGUCACUCACGGAGGUUUGGAGUUUGAAAAACUUAGUCGGCGGCAUGCAGUAAAGAUUCCUGCUGCGGCCGGGUGUUCAGUGGAAGAAUGUAGCUUAGCAGUGGGUGCUAUCAUUGGGUAUGAUAGCAUAAAAUCAGCCUCAAGGAUGAAUAGCGCUGUAGUGAUAUUCUUAGAUUCCAUUGAAAAGGUGAAUACGAUAGUUGAGAGUGGUGUUGUGUUGUGGGAGACACAGACGUUGGUAUUUCCUCUUAUGAAUCCGGCGAUGAAAGUUAUACUUUCUAACGUACCACUAUUUGUUAGAGAUGAAGUGUUGGAGCGAGAGUUAUCUCGUCAUGGUCAACUUGUAUCUACAAUAAAGAAGGUUAUUUUUGGAUGCAAAUCUCCUUUGCUGAAAUAUGUUGUGUCUCAUAGGAGACAAGUGCAUAUGAUUUUAAAGAAGGACACUGACGAACUGAAUUUAGCAUUCAGUUUUAAGAUUGAUGGAUUUGAUUAUGUCUUCUACACUUCUACUGAAUCAAUGAAAUGCUUUGGCUGUGGAAGAGAGGGGCAUUUGGUACGUUAUUGUCCCAAGAACGAGCGCACAGAGCCCGGUAGCAGCUCCGGUGCUGGUGCAGCUAAUGCACCACCGCGAAGGGAUGAACAUUCUAAGGGUGCAGGGGAAGGGAGAAGGUGGGCAGAUGUGGUUGGAAAAGUAGGAAAGGAAGGCAGUGUGGCUAUGGAGGCAAUUGUGGUAGAUCAGAACAAAGAGGGAGGGGAAACAGUCAGUGAGAUUGCAACUGCAGUCACUGAGGUGGUGCUGGAAAAUGAAAUUGGAGAUUGAAGUAAUGGAAAAGGAAGCAGCUGUUUUCAAAGUACAGAGGAGUAAGAGGAAGAAUUUAAGGGGUGGUGAAGGGUCUAAUUCUAAGAGGAAGGUAGAGAUUGAUAAAUCAGUUGAGGAUAAACAGGUUGUAGAGAUAGUGGAGUUUUCUUCUGGGGAGGAUAGCGAGAGUGAGUCAUCUGACGUGUCACAACAAAAUAGCAAGAUAAAUGGGGUGGAAGGGACGUAUGGGAUUGAGAAGGUACGUCAAUUUCUGAAGUUGACAAAAGGGAAGAAAUAUAUGCAGGAUUAUAAUGUAACAGAUUGUUUUCCUGAAAGUGAAUUGUUUAUUGAAUCAGCAAAGUUUCUGAUGUCAAAAAUAACAGGGGGAGGUUUGACAAGCCCUGAAAUUGCUAGACUCAAGAAAGUGGUCACGAGAGUGAUAAGUGAUGUAAAUUCUAAAGAAAAUUAAGAGUUCAGUCGCAGCCUUAACUCUGUAAAGAGAUGUGGUUUCUGUGUCUUCCUCUGUAUAAAAAAAAAAAAACAUGAGCAGUUUUAAGACUUCUUCUUUAAACGUAAAUGGGGCGAGAGACGUUUAAAAAAUAGCCAUAGUGUAUGAGUUAAUUAGGGGAAAGGGAAGUGACAUAAGUUUUCUACAAGAAACGCAUAGUAAUUUGGAAAAUGAAGUUAUGUGGCAACAGGAGUGGGGGGGGGGGGGGGGGGGGAGAGGGGACAGUGGUGUGUAGUCAUAAGUGGUGUGUGGUCCUCUGUAGCUCAAUUGGUAGAGCAUGGCGCUUGUAACGCCAGGGUAGUGGGUUCGAUCCCCGGGACCACCCAUACGUAAAAAUGAAUGCACACAUGACUGUAAGUCGCUUUGGAUAAAAACAUCUGCUAAAUGGCAUAUUAAUAAUAAUAUUUAAUAAAAAGUGGGGGUGUGGCCAUCUUGUUCUCAAAAGGGUUUUUGCCUUUGUCAUAUGAGGUUGAAGAGGUAGUUGAGGGGAGGUUAUUAAAAGUUAGAGCGCGGUAUGAAAACAUCACUAUGUGUCUGAUAAAUGUAUAUGCCCCAGUGGUGGCAGUUGAGAGGGUAUGUUUUUUAGAGACAUUAUCAAAUACCAUUGAGAAAUGUAAUACUGAAGAUUAUUUAUUUAUUGCUGGAGAUUUUAACUGCACAGUCAGUGAUUUAGAUAGAAAUCACAAAGAACCUCAUUGUAACACAUGAACUGUGUGAUAUUUGGCGGAGUCAACGUGGAGGCACGAGACAGUACACCUGGGCCCAUGUGAGAGAGAACACCAUCUCUAUGGCCAGGUUAGAUAGGUUUUAUUGUUUUGAGCAUCAAUCUCAGGUCUAUAAAUCAAGUGUGAUAACCCCAGUGGAAUUUUAUGAUCAUUGUUUAAUAACAGAGGUGGUGUUCAUUAACGCUGUAAAAACCAAAAGUGCAUACUGGCAUUUUAAUAUAACUUUAUUGAGUGAUGCUCACUUCAGGAAAUGUUUUAGUUUUUUCUGGGAGAGGUGGAGGUCUCAAAAGGCCAGUUUUGUAUCCCUUCAACAGUGGUGGGAUAUAGGGAAAAUCCAGAUUCAACAAUUCUGUAAUCAAUACACAAGGAAUGUCACCAAAGACAUCACCAGAUCAAUGAAAGCCCUAGAGUCUGAAAUAGUGGAACUCCUGACGUUGGUUGAGACCACAGGAGAUCGAGGCCAUACUCAGGCCCUCAAGAGGAAAACAGUGGCAUUGGCAGACCUUCUGGGUAUCAGAGCACAGGGGGCAUUGGUGAGAAGUAAGUUUCAGGGAAUCUCUGAAAUGGAUGCCUCAUCCAAAUUUUUCUUUGGUUUAGAGAAAAAGAAUGGACAAAGAAGUAUUAUUAAUUGUCUCAAAUCAGCUGUUGGACUGGAGCUCACUAGCCCUAGUGAAAUUAGAAAGAGGGCAGUAGAGUUCUAUGCUGAGCUCUACAAGUGUGAGUACAAAGAGGAUAAAACAGUGACACAGCAGUUCCUUGAUGGGCUCCCACAGGUGGCUGCAGAAGCUCAGGUUGAGCUAGAGCAACCAUUGUCUCUGCAGGAGCUAUACACUGCAUUAAAAGGCAUGGAAAAUGAAAGGGCACCAGGCAUUGAUAGGCUUCCCGUUGACUUUUUUCGGAGAGGAUUGGCUAGCAGUAGUUAAUGAUAGUUUGACCGGAGGGUUACUACCGAUAAGCUGCAGAAGGGCUGUCCUCACCCUACGGCCCAAAAAGGGUGACCCUAGGGAGGUGAAGAACUGGAGGCCGGUGGCUUUAUUGUGCACUGAUUAUAAGAUCCUGUCAAAGGCUUUGUCCAACAGGCUGAGGGAGGUGAUGGGGCAAAUCAUACAUACAGUGGAGGAAAAAAGUAUUUAGUCAGCCACCAAUUGUGCAAGUUCUCCCACUUAAAAAGAUGAGAGAGGCCUGUAAUAUUCAUCAUAGGUACACGUCAACUAUGACAGACAAAAUGAGUAAAAAAAUUCCAGAAAAUCACAUUGUAGGAUUUUUCAUGAAUUUAUUUGCAAAUUAUGGUGGAAAAUAUGUAUUUAGUCAAUAACAAAAGUUUCUCAAUACUUUGUUAUAUACCCUUUGUUGGCAAUGACACAGGUCAAACGUUUUCUGUAAGUCUUCACAAGGUUUUCACACACUGUUGCUGGUAUUUUGGCCCAUUCCUCCAUGCAGAUCUCCUCCAGAGCAGUGAUGUUUUGGGGCUGUCGCUGGGCAAUACGGACUUUCAACUCCCUCCAAAGAUUUUCUAUGGGAUUGAGAUCUGGACACUGGCAAGGCCACUCCAGGACCUUGAAAUGCUUCUUACGAAGCCACUCCUUCGUUACCCGGGCGGUGUGUUUGGGAUCAUUGUCAUGCUGAAAGACCCAGCCACGUUUCAUCUUCAAUGCCCUUGCUGAUGGAAGGAGGUUUUCACUCAAAAUCUCACGAUACAUGGCCCCAUUCAUUCUUUCCUUUACACGGAUCAGUCGUCCUGGUCCCUUUGCAGAAAAACAGCCCCAAAGCAUGAUGUUUCCACCCCCAUGCUUCACAGUAGGUAUGGUGUUCUUUGGAUGCAACUCAGCAUUCUUUGUCCUCCAAACACGACGAGUUCAGUUUUUACCAAAAAGUUAUAUUUUGGUUUCAUCUGACCAUAUGACAUUCUCCCAAUCCUCUUCUGGAUCAUCCAAAUGCACUCUAGCAAACUUCAGACGGGCCUGGACAUGUACUGGCUUAAGCAGGGGGACACGUCUGGCACUGCAGGAUUUGAGUCCCUGGCGGCGUAGUGUGUUACUGAUGGUAGGCUUUGUUACUUUGGUCCCAGCUCUCUGCAGGUCAUUCACUAGGUCCCCCCGUGUGGUUCUGGGAUUUCUGCUCACCGUUCUUGUGAUCAUUUUGACCCCACGGGGUGAGAUCUUGCGUGGAGCCCCAGAUCGAGGGAGAUUAUCAGUGGUCUUGUAUGUCUUCCAUUUCCUAAUAAUUGCUCCCACAGUUGAUUUCUUCAAACCAAGCUGCUUACCUAUUGCAGAUUCAGUCUUCCCAGCCUGGUGCAGGUCUACAAUUUUGUUUCUGGUGUCCUUUGACAGCUCUUUGGUCUUGGCCAUAGUGGAGUUUGGAGUGUGACUGUUUGAGGUUGUGGACAAGUGUCUUUUAUACUGAUAACAAGUUCAAACAGGUGCCAUUAAUACAGGUAACGAGUGGAGGACAGAGGAGCCUCUUAAAGACGAAGUUACAGGUCUGUGAGAGCCAGAAAUCUUGCUUCUUUGUAGGUGACCAAAUACUUAUUUUCCACCAUAAUUUGCAAAUAAAUUCAUUAAAAAUCCUACAAUGUGAUUUUCUGGAUUUUUCUUUCUCAAUUUGUCUGUUUUGAAAAUUUGAAAAUUACAGGCCUCUCUCAUCUUUUUAAGUGGGAGAACUUGCACAAUUGGUGGCUGACUAAAUACAUUUUUUUCCCCACUGUACGGACCAGUCCUACUGUGUUCCCGGCAGGCAGAUAGGGGAUAACAUUUGUCUGAUUCAGGAUUUUUUGGACGUCUCUAGGGCUAUUGGGUUGGAUGCUGGUCUAAUUUCAAUUGAUCAGGAAAAGGCAUUUGACCGAGUUGAACAUAAAUACUUAUGGCACACUUUUGAGGCGUUUGGUUUCAGCUCUGGUUUUAUUGCUAUGAUAAGGAUGAUAUAUGGUGACAUUGAAAGUGUAUUGAAAGUUAACGGUGGUUUGAGUGCUCCUUUUAAAGUGUGUAGAGGUAUUUGGCAGGGAUGUUCUUUGUCGGGAAUGUUAUAUGCCAUUGCUAUAGAGGCCACUACUAAAUAGCAUUAUAAGUCGCAUUGAAGGGGUGUACCUUUCAGAGGAUAUUCUUCCUAUUCGUCUCUCAGCCUAUGCUGAUGAUGUAGUUAUUUUAGUGAAAAAUCAAGCGGAGGUGGACAGUUUGAGUCUAAUGGUUGAUCGUUUUAGGGGAAUAUCCUCUGCAAAGAUAAAUUGGGAAAAAAGUUGUGCUUUACAGAUUGGAGAAUGGUCUGGAGGGAUCAUGUCUUUGCCAGGGGUGAUGAAAUGGUGGAAGGGAGGAUGAGGAGAUGGUGUUGGUUGUUAUCUCGUAUAUCAUAUAGGGGGCGCACUAUUAUAGUUAACAAUGUGAUUGCCUCUGCACUGUGGCAUCGGUUGUCAGUUUUAGAGCCACCAUCUGGCCUUCUGGCUAAGAUACAGGCGAUUAUUGUAGAUUUAUUUUGGGAUAAAUAUCAUUGGGUUCCACAAAGUGUUUUGUAUUUGUCAAAAGAGGAGGGGGGACAAGGUCUUGUACAUCUUGCUAGUAGGGCUGCUGCUUUCUGGUUUCAGUUUAUUCAAAGGUUGCUUUAUGGACCGGAGAAUUUGGUUUGGAGAGGGGUGGCAGGUCUUGUAUUACAGCAGGUUGGGGGAUUAGGUUUAAAGAAGGCUUUAUUUUUGGUUGAUAGUAGCCAGAUUUCUAGGGAGGGAGUACCUCUGUUUUACAGAGGCCUUCUUAGGGAGUGGAGCAUAAUGAAGGUGUCCAGACGCAUUUUAGCGGAGUCAGUGCAUUGGCUGUUGGAGGAACCUCUGGUGUACGGGGCAAGACUGGAUUGUACAACUGCAGCUGUUCCACAUUUCUCCAAGAUUCUUGUGAAGGGCAAAAUCAUCACCUUAAAACAGUUAAUGGCCAUGGCUGGGCCCACCUUAAUGGAUGGAAGACGGGUGGCUGAACAUUUGGGGGUGAGGUCGGAAAGGAUUGUCGGACAUCUGCUGGGAAGCUGCAGGAAGGCUCUGUCAGCAGAAGAGUGGGGUAUUCUUAAGAGCCACAAGAAGAAGGUACAAGAUGAAAACGUCUCAUUUCCAAGACUAGGGAUUACACCCAAUAUCACAGUCAGAAAGAAAGGCAUUAUUACUGGAUUUGAGAGGGUUGGAAGAGGUGGGUUUGGAUGAGGUGAAUGGGAAAGACUUAUAUAGGGGGUGUGUCAAGGUGUUGAAUAAAGAUACAUUGAAAAAUAGAAAAGACACUCCAUGGAGGGUAAAAUUGGGCAUUGAUGACAAGGUAAAGCCAGCAUGGAAAGCAGUGUACAAGCCUCUGUUACAAAAGGGUACUGGUGAUAUGCAAUGGGGGGUUUUGCAUGGCAUCAUUGCAGUUAAUGCUUUUGUAUCUUUUAUUAACUCAUAUGUUGGAGAUGGAUGUCCUUUUUGUAAUAUAAGAGAAACUAUUUUUCACUGUUUUAUGGAGUGUGAGAGGAUAAAACCUAUCUUGGAAAUGCUGGAGUCUUUUUUGAAAGCUGUAGGGGAGAUUUUCAAUAACACCGUUUUUUUUUCUCUCUCUCUCUCUCUCUCUCUCUCUCUCUCUCUCUCUCUCUCUCUCUCUCUCUCUCUCUCUCUCUCUCUCUCUCUCUCUCUCUCUCUCUCUCUCUCUCUCUCACACACACACACACACACACACACACACACACACAGGCGCUACAUCAUGUCCUGUGUCUGGGUAGAUUUUUCUACAACCUGAACCCCACUUCUCUCUACAGUUAGUCACAUGUACCUGUACAUAGGCCUACUGAUUGUGAUUAUGUUACAGCACAGUAGCUGUAGCUCUCUGUGAAGUCUCUGUGUCUCUCCUCCCCCCAGUCUGUGGAUAGUUCUCCUUCUCCCUCCAUGAAUUCAGAACCUAGAUCAUGGAUUCCCUGUCACGAUCGUCGUAUUGAACAGACCAAGGCGCAGCGUGAUGAACGAACAUGUUUAACUUUAUUAUCUUUAGUGAUAAUUGAACACAAUCAACAAAACAAGAAACGACUCGUGAAGUCCACGGUAACAAUGACCGAACACGGAACAAGAACCCACAAACACAAAGGGAAAACCGACAGUUUAAAUAUGGCUCCCAAUCAGAGACAACCAACGACAGCUGACACUCGUUGCCUCUGAUUGGGAGUCACUCUAGCCAACAUAGAAAUAAACACAACAGAAUUACCAACAUAGAAAUAAACACAUAGAAUGAAAACACCCUGGCUCAACAUAUAGAGUCCCAGAGCCAGGGUGUGACAGUACCCCCCCCUAAAGGCGCGGACUGCGACCGCGCCUCAACCUGAACAAAACAGGGGAGGGCUGGGCGGGCAUACCUCCUCGGCGGCGGUUCUGGCUCCGGCCUUGACCACCACCCUCCAAUAAACCCCCCAUAGCGCCCCUGGUCCAGUCUGGCCCCGCCGGCUGGAGCUGAACUGGACUUAGCAGGAGCGGUUAGCUUCAGCUCCAUAGUGGAGCAGUUGACCGGUACCUUACCAGGCACCGGUGACCCAGGCACGGGUUGUGCUGGACUGACGACGCGCACCCCUGGCUUGGUGCGUGGAGGAGGAACGGGCCUUACCAGGCUGACGACGCGCACCCCUGGCUUGGUGCGUGGAGGAGGAACGGGCCUUACCAGGCUGACGACUCGCACCCCUGCCUUAGUGCGUGGAGGAGGAACGGGCCUUACCAGGCUGACGACUCGCACCCCUGGCUUAGUGCGUGGAGGAGGAACGGGCCUUACCAGGCUGACGACUCGCACCCCUGGCUUGGUGCGUGGAGGAGGGACGGGCCUUACCAGGCUGACGUCUCGCACCCCUGGCUUAGUGCGAGUAGCAGGAACAGGCCUUACCAGGCUGACGUCUCGCACCCCUGGCUUAGUGCGAGUAGCAGGAACAGGCCUUACCAGGCUGACGUCUCGCACCCCUGGCUUAGUGCGAGUAGCAGGAACAGGCCGGGCCGGGCUGGCGAUGCGCACCGUAGACUUGGUGCGAGUGGCAGGAACAGGCCGGGCCGGGCUGGCGACGCGCACCGUAGACUUGGUGCGAGUGGCAGGAACAGGCCGGGCCGGGCUGGCGACGCGCACCGUAGACUUGGUGCGAGUGGCAGGAACAGGCCGGGCCGGGCUGGCGACGCGCACCGUAGACUUGGUGCGAGUGGCAGGAACAGGCCGGGCCGGGCUGGCGACGCGCACCGUAGACUUGGUGCGAGUGGCAGGAACAGGCCGGGCCGGGCUGGCGACGCACACCGUAGGCUUGGUGCGUGGAGCAGGGACAGGCCGGACCGGGCUGGCGACGCACACCGUAGGCUUGGUGCGUGGAACAGGGACUGGCCGGACUGGGCUGGCGACGCACACCGUAGGCUUGGUGCGUGGAGCAGGAACAGGCCGAACCGGGCUGUGGAGACGGAUAGGAGACCUGGAGUGAAGAGCGGCCACAACCCGUCCUGGCUGAAUGCCUACCCUCACACACUCUGUGUGAGGCAUCCGCACAGGACGUACAGGGCGGUGUAUCCGUAACCUGGUGGCCUUCUGAAUCCGCCCCUUUUUUGCCUCCGUCAGCCCCGUCGUCCAUGCCGUGUGCCCCCCCUAAAAAUGUUCUGGGGUUGCCUCUCGCCUGUCCGACGUUGACCCGUUUGGCGCCGCUGCUCCUCUCUACGGCGCGCCUCCACCGUCUCUUCUCCCGGCGCUUCCUCCCAUGUCCAGCCCAAGAGCUGCCCCUGGACACGCUGCUUGGUCGUUGCAUGGUGGGUUCUUCUGGUGGGUUCUUCUUUCACGAUCGUCGUAUUGAACAGACCAAGGCGCAGCGUGAUGAAAUACAUGUUUAACUUUAUUAUCUUUAGUGAUAAUAGAACACAAUCAACAAAACAAGAAACGACUCGUGAAGUCCACGGUAACAAUGACCGAACACGGAACAAGAACCCACAAACACAAAGGGAAAAUAGACAGUAUAAAUAUGGCUCCCAAUUGUCACGAUCGUCAGGGAGAGAAGUAGACCAAUGCGCAGCGUGUUGAACGAACAUGUUUAGACUUUAUUUAAUUAAAGCACGAACAAAACAAUAAACGACUCGUAACGUCCAACGGUAACAAAGACCGACACGGAACAAAAACCCACAAACACAAAGGGAAAACAGACAGUUUAAAUAUGGCUCCCAAUCAGAGACAACCAGCCAACAGCUGACACUCGUUGCCUCUGAUUGGGAGUCACUCAGGCAAAACAUAGAAAUAGACGAACUAGAACCCCCAACAUAGAAACACACCACAUAGAACAAACACACCCUGGCUCAACAACUAGAGUCCCAUAGCCAGGGUGUGACAGUACCCCCCCCUAAAGGCGCGGACUGCGACCGCGCCUCAACUAAAACAAAACAGGGGAGGGCUGGGCGGGCAUACCUCCUCGGUGGCGGUUCUGGCUCCGGCCUUGACCCCCACUCCUUCUCUAACCCCCCAAAGUACCCCUGGUCCGGUCUGGCCCUGCUGACCAGAGCUGCACUGAACGCUGGUGGAGCGGAUUGCUCUAGCUCCGGCGUGACGCAGCACCUGACCGGUGCCGGACCCGCCACCGGUGGAACAGGCACGGGCCUUACCAGGCUGACGACGCGCACCCCUGGCUUGGUGCGUGGAGGAGGAACGGGCCUUACCAGGCUGACGACUCGCACCCCUGCCUUAGUGCGUGGAGGAGGAACGGGCCUUACCAGGCUGACGACUCGCACCCCUGGCUUAGUGCGUGGAGGAGGAACGGGCCUUACCAGGCUGACGACUCGCACCCCUGGCUUGGUGCGUGGAGGAGGGACGGGCCUUACCAGGCUGACGUCUCGCACCCCUGGCUUAGUGCGAGUAGCAGGAACAGGCCUUACCAGGCUGACGUCUCGCACCCCUGGCUUAGUGCGAGUAGCAGGAACAGGCCUUACCAGGCUGACGUCUCGCACCCCUGGCUUAGUGCGAGUAGCAGGAACAGGCCGGGCCGGGCUGGCGACGCGCACCGUAGACUUGGUGCGAGUGGCAGGAACAGGCCGGGCCGGGCUGGCGACGCGCACCGUAGACUUGGUGCGAGUGGCAGGAACAGGCCGGGCCGGGCUGGCGACGCGCACCGUAGACUUGGUGCGAGUGGCAGGAACAGGCCGGGCCGGGCUGGCGACGCGCACCGUAGACUUGGUGCGAGUGGCAGGAACAGGCCGGGCCGGGCUGGCGACGCGCACCGUAGACUUGGUGCGAGUGGCAGGAACAGGCCGGGCCGGGCUGGCGACGCGCACCGUAGACUUGGUGCGAGUGGCAGGAACAGGCCGGGCCGGGCUGGCGACGCACACCGUAGGCUUGGUGCGUGGAGCAGGGACAGGCCGGACCGGGCUGGCGACGCACACCGUAGGCUUGGUGCGUGGAGCAGGGACUGGCCGGACUGGGCUGGCGACGCACACCGUAGGCUUGGUGCGUGGAGCAGGAACAGGCCGAACCGGGCUGUGGAGACGGAUAGGAGACCUGGAGUGAAGAGUGGCCACAACCCGUCCUGGCUGAAUGCCUACCCUCACACACUCUGUGUGAGGCAUCCGCACAGGACGUACAGGGCGGUGUAUCCGUAACCUGGUGGCCUCUGAAUCCGCCCCUUUUUUGCCUCCGUCAGCCCCGUCGUCCAUGCCGUGUGCCCCCCCCUAAAAAUGUUCUGGGGUUGCCUCUCGCCUGUCCGACGUUGACCCGUUUGGCGCCGCUGCUCCUCUCUACGGCGCGCCUCCACCGUCUCUUCUCCCGGCGCUUCCUCCCAUGUCCAGCCCAAGAGCUGCCCCUGGACACGCUGCUUGGUCGUUGCAUGGUGGGUUCUUCUGGUGGGUUCUUCUUUCACGAUCGUCGUAUUGAACAGACCAAGGCGCAGCGUGAUGAACGAACAUGUUUAACUUUAUUAUCUUUAGUGAUAAUAGAACACAAUCAACAAAACAAGAAACGACUCGUGAAGUCCACGGUAACAAUGACCGAACACGGAACAAGAACCCACAAACACAAAGGGAAAAUAGACAGUAUAAAUAUGGCUCCCAAUUGUCACGAUCGUCAGGGAGAGAAGUAGACCAAUGCGCAGCGUGUUGAACGAACAUGUUUAGACUUUAUUUAAUUAAAGCACGAACAAAACAAUAAACGACUCGUAACGUCCAACGGUAACAAAGACCGACACGGAACAAAAACCCACAAACACAAAGGGAAAACAGACAGUUUAAAUAUGGCUCCCAAUCAGAGACAACCAGCCAACAGCUGACACUCGUUGCCUCUGAUUGGGAGUCACUCAGGCAAAACAUAGAAAUAGACGAACUAGAACCCCCAACAUAGAAACACACCACAUAGAACAAACACACCCUGGCUCAACAACUAGAGUCCCAUAGCCAGGGUGUGACACCAAUCAGAGACAACCAACGACAGCUGACACUCGUUGCCUCUGAUUGGGAGUCACUCUAGCCAACAUAGAAAUAAACACACCAGAAUUACCAACAUAGAAAUAAACACAUAGAAUGAACACACCCUGGCUCAACAUAUAGAGUCCCAGAGCCAGGGUGUGACAUUCCCCAAACACACCCUCAUACACAUACUCCUACACACACAUAGUCAUACACACACAUAAUCAUACACACACACUGACACAGAUAUAUAUUAUUUAUUAUUUCUUAGCUCUGAUCUUAUUAGUUUAGUAUAUGUCUUUCCCUCUUUCUUUUUGGUCCCAAUUCCCGCCCCUCCACACAAUAACAUUUUCAGCUUACUUGCUCUUCUAAAACCUAUCUCUCUCUUUCUCUCACCCUCUCUCUCUCUUUCUCUCACCCUCUCUCUCUCUCUACUCUCUCUAUCUCUCUCUAUCUCUCUCUCCAUCUCUCUCUCAUGCACUCUCUUUCUAUCUCUCCCUCUUUCCCUAACUCUCUCUCUCGCUCUCACACAAACACUUAUACAGUAUACACACACUUAUGCAUACAUAUUACAUAGCCACUGGCAUACAAAAAUGUAGCUCUGUUCUGUAACUGAGGCAGACUGAAUACGUUUUAGAAUUCAUGGUAAAAAAGCAAGUAGGCCAGAUGAGGUUGAAGGUUGAACUAACACUGUGUGUAUAUAUGUAUAGGUGUGUGUAGGCACUGUUGAGGUAGGAACACAGCACAGAAACACUGCACUCAACCACUGCUAGUGGCAGGGAGAACAAUACUCAUCCCUGACAGUUAGUCUGUGCCUUUAGCACCCCUGUUCUCAAAGAUGGCCAAGGUUUUCCUCUCCUCUCUUCUCCCUGUUGUACCCAACAGCCUUCACAACAGAGCCUUGUAGAAAGCAGGGUCUGCCCUGGGGCUACAGCAGCAGCUAUCACACUGUUUUAUCAGCUUCAUGUUGUUAAGACAAACUGUGAAGUAAACUGCAGAAACAACAACCCCCCUUGGGUUUCUAUGCUAACUACAGCAGCCUCUGGAAACAGAUUGAAUGAAUGCACACUGUGGUUGCAGAGUAGGGCUGGGCGGUAUACCGUAUUUUACGAUAUACCAGUAUGAUGCACGGACCAGGUUGGGUUUUUACUUUACCUUCGAUAACGGUAUUUGAAUGUUUGGUUUGUUAAAUGUGAUAUGCCGUGUGUAACGUCCAUUUUUAUAGUUUACUCCGCUACUUGAGUCAUCUCUCUCUGCUUGCUAAUAAAUGUACUGAGUCAGAGCAAACGUAACUAGCUAUACAGCCUGAUAAUAUCAGUGAUGGUGUAGACCUAAAUCAGCAUGUUGUUUGUGCAACAGUAUCUUCUAAAUCAAAGAGGAAUACGCAAAGCAUGAGUAUGUUAUCUAUAUGAAGUAGCUAAGAGAAAACAUUAAAUGUAGCCAAAGAUUAUAGGGUCCCCUAGGAAACACUUAUCAACACUUUGGUUCCUACAGUGUCACAAUAACUCCUCCCUGGCAUUUUCAUUAAUUGUCAUGUCAAACAACACUGUAUUCAAAGUGCCCACUAACAUAUUCUAACUAUAGAAUUAGAAUAAUAAGUUGAUUUCCAUGAUUCCAACAGUUCAUCCAAGUGUUUUGAUCUAAAUCGCAAGUCAAAUUGCAAUUGCAACAUUUGGUUAAAAAUAAGGCCUAGAUUGUUUGCCCAUAUUUACAUUUACAUUUUAGUCAUUUAGCAGACGCUCUUAUCCAGAGCGACUUACAGUUUAGUGAAUACAUCUUUUUUUUUUUAUACUGGCCCCCCGUGGGAAUCAAACCCACAACCCUGGCGUUGCAAACGCCAUGCUCUAUCAACUGAGCUACAUCCCUGCCGGCCAUUCCCUCCCCUACCCUGGACGACGCUGGGCCAAUUGUGCGCCGCCCAUGAGUCUCCCGGUCGGCUGCGACAGAGCCUGGAUUCGAACCAGGAUCUCUAGUGGCGCAAUUAACACUGCGAUGCAGUGCCUUAGACCACUGCGCCACUCAGGAGUAUGCUGAUGCCCAUAUCAUGCAGACCUACGUGGCAGUGUGGAAAUGAUCUCAGAUGAGUGCAGAAAUUGAUGAAAAUGCUGAAAUAUAUUUUGGGUUGAAGUUGAAUUGAACAGUAUAAAACAAUCAGAAUGGAGAAAGACCCAUUGAAAUCACUUAGAAUGUAUGUGUUGCCACCUGUCACGUUCGUUUAUAGACGGGACGGACCAAGGCGCAGCGUGAUAUGCAUACAUGUUUAUUUAUAUGAAUAAACAACCGACAAAACAACAAAUGAAACGAAACGUCCAAGGUAGACAAACAACAUACCUCACACGGAACAAGAUCCCACAACUAACUAGUGCCAAAUGGCUGCCUAAGUAUGGUCCCCAAUCAGAGACAACGAGCAACAGCUGCCUCUGAUUGGGAACCACACAGGCCAACAUAGAUCUAUACAUACUAGAUCCAACCCUAGAAAAUAACACAUAGGAACAUACACAACAAGGAAAAUCACACCCUGACUCAACAAAUAAGAGUCCUCAGAGUCAGGGCGUGACACCACCCUAGGGUCACGUACUACUCAUAAAGCAAAUUUUGAACUGGUAUUAUUCAAAAACAUAAAAUACCGUCAAAUACCUUCAUACCAUAAUAUAUGUUUUUUAAUACCGUGAUAUUACAUGUUGGCGAAAUCGCCCAGCCCUAGUGCAGAGAAAGCAAAGGUUGGAAUGAAUUAGCAUUUUCAUGAUCAAAAGCCAUGAUACACACUAACAUUUGCUCUCAACACAAUCUCCAAAUAAUACGUAACCCACCAGAGGUAUGAGAUAUGAAUGGAUAUGUUUAUCAUUAAAAGCCAUGGUAUUUUUUCACCCUCACAUUAUUCUACCAGAGGUAUGACAUAGAGACGUGUGAUAUCAUCAAGCUCACAGUAUAAUGAAAUCAAUGAAACUGCUAUCACGUCCCGAGGGAAUGAGAUUUCGGAGAUUUGUGUGAAUGAGUCGCGCCUCACCGGAGAAAUUCGACGUUGAUGACGUUUGUUGUUUGCACAACAGCUGUGGAUUUGUGGGUGUAUUGAAAUUACAUUCUUCCAGCAGACGCUAGGAGAGCAGAGAGGGGAAAGAGAGGAGUGGAGAGCCAUGGUUCAUAAAAUGACACUGUUACUCUUGUCUCUGGCAUGUAUUCUACAGACCCGACCCUGAUGGUUAUUGCUGCUAUUUAUACUGACUUAUGAUCCUAUUUCUACUCCCUCUAUCCCUGCCUUUUAUGCUCCUCCUUCACCUCCCCCCUCCCUUUCCUCCUCCUGUCUUCCCUCCUCCUCCACCUCCUCCCUCUUCUCUCCUUAUCCUGUCCUCAUCCUCCUGCCCCCUCCACCUCCUCCUCCUGUCAUCCUCCUCCACCUCCUCCCCCUUCUCCUCUUAUUGUCCUCUCCUCGUCCUCCUCCUACUCUCCCUCCUUCUUCCCUCCUCCUCCACCUUCUCCUCUCCUCGUCCUCCUCUCUUCCCCCUCAGGCCCCAAGCAGGAGAUGAUCUAUGACUUCUGGAGGAUGGUGUGGCAGGAGAAUUGCUUCAGUAUCGUCAUGAUCACUAAACUGGUGGAGGUGGGCAGGGUAGGUUACGCUUCCUUUCGGUUCCUUUGCAAGCCCACUCUUUACAUACAGUUGAAGUCGGAAGUUUACAUACACCUUAGCCAAAUACAUUUCAACUCAGUUUUUCACAAUUCCUGACAUUUAAUCCUAGUAGAAAUUCCCUGUGUUUGGUCAGUUAGGAUCACCACUUUAUUUUAAGAAUGUGAAAUGUCAGAAUAAUAGUAGAGAGAAUGAUUUAUUUGAGCUUUUAUUUCUUUCAUCACAUUACCAGUGGGUCAGAUGUUUACAUACGCUCAAUUAGUAUUUGGUAGCAUUGCAUUUAAAUUGUUUAACGUGGGUCAAACGUUUCGGGUAGCCUUCCACAAGCUUCCCACAAUAAGUUGGGUGAAUUUUGGCCCAUUCCUCCUGACAGAGCUGGUGUAACUGGGUCAGGUUUGUAGGCCUCCUUGCUCGCACACGCUUUUUCAGUUCUGCCCACAAAUGUUCUAUAGGAUUGAGGUCAGGGCUUUGUGAUGGCCACUCAAAUACCUUGACUUUGUUGUCCUUAAGCCAUUUUGCCACAACUUUGGAAGUAUGCUUGGGGUCAUUGUCCAUUUGGAAGACCCAUUUGCGACCAAGCUUUAACUUCUUGACUGAUGUCUUGAGAUGUUGCUUCAAUAUAUCCACAUGAUUUUCCUUCCUCAUGAUGCCAUCUAUUUUGUGAAGUGUACCAGUCCCUCUUGCAGCAAAGCACCCCCACAGCAUGAUGCUGCCACCCCGUGCUUCACGGUUGGCAUGGUGUUCUUCGGCUUGCAAGCCAACCCCUUUUUCUUCCAAACAUAACAAUGGUCAUUAUGGCCAAACAGUUCUAUUUUUGUUUCAUCAGACCAGAGGACAUUUCUCCAAAAAGUACGAUCUUUGUCCCCAUGUGCAGUUGCAAACCGUAGUCUGGCUUUUUUAUGGCGGUUUUGGAGCAGUGGCUUCUUCCUCCCAAGGAUGAACCAGACUUGUGGAGGUCUACCAUUUUAUUUCUGAGGUCUUGGCUGAUUUGUUUUGAUUUUCCCAUGAUGUCAAGCAAAGAGGCACUGAGUUUGAAGGUAGGCCUUGAGAUACAUCCACAGGUACACCUCCAAUUGACUCAAAUGAUGUCAAUUAGCCUAUCAGAAUCUUCUAAAGCUUCUGGUUUUGGAGCAGUGGCUUCUUCCUUGCUGAGCGGCCUUUCAGGUUAUGUCGAUAUAGGACUUGUUUUACUGUGGAUAUAGAUACUUUUCUACCUGUUUCCUCCAGCAUCUUCACAAGGUCCUUUGCUGUUGUUCUGGGAUUGAUUUGCACUUUUCGCACCAAAGUACAUUCAUCUCUUGGAGACAGAACGCGUCUCCUUCCUGAGCGGUAUGACGGCUGCGUGGUCCCAUGGUGUUGCGUACUAUUGUUUGUACAGAUGAACGUGGUACCUUCAGGCGUUUGGAAAUUGCUCCCAAGGAUGAACCAGACUUGUGGAGGUCUACAAUUUUUUUUCGGAGGUCUUGGCUGAUUUCUUUUGAUUUUCCCAUGAUGUCAAGCAAAGAGGCACUGCGUUUGAAGGUAGGCCUUGAAAUACAUCCACAGGUACACCUCCAAUUGACUCAAAUGAUGUCAAUUAGCCUAUCAGAAGCUUCUAAAGCCAUGACAUCAUUUUCUGGAAUUUUCCAAGCUGUUUAAAGGCACAGUCAAUUUAGUGUAUGUAAACUUCUGACCCACUGGAAUUGUGAUACAGUGAAUUAUAAGUGAAAUAAUCUGUCUGUAAACAAUUGUUGGAAAAAUUACUUGUGUCAUGCACAAAGUUGAUGUCCUAACCGACUUGCCAAUUCUAUAGUUUGUUAACAAGACAUUUGUGGAGUGGUUGAAAAACGAGUUUUAAUGACUCCAACCUAACUUCCUAACUUCCGACUUCAAAUGUAGGCCUAUAGAAGAACUGCCAGUGGAAUAAACUAGCUAUGUAGUAUAAGUCUACAACCCAGUGGGCAAAACUGGUUGAAAUGACCACCAGAUUACAACCAUGAAGUCGUCCACCUUUUCUCACUGGAAACAGGAAGGAUAGAAGGAUGAUUGUCAUGGGCUACUGUAUUGUAUUGAUUUUGCUCUUGAACAUUGGUUUAGAGUUAAGCCAGCUAAAGCUGUAACCAACUGUAGAUCCUGAUUAAAGUCCAAAUGUUCUGUGUGUUGUGUGUGUUCAGAUGAAGUGCUGUAAGUACUGGCCUGAGGACAGUGAACUCUAUGGAGACAUCAAGAUCACACUUCUGAAGACGGAAACACUGGCCCAGUACACCGUCCGCACCUUUGCUAUGGAGCGGGUGAGUGAAUAGUCAAAGUCCUUCUAUCUAACAAAUAAUAAAUAAUUUGAAAAUGUAUUGGUUCCUGGGAUCACAUCCAAUUUGAGAGUGUUUUGUUUACUCCAUUUGUUCAGCCAGGCAGUUUAUUGAGAACACAGCCUUUAUAGAGUCAUUUAUAUCUAACAAAUAAUAAAUCAUUUUAAUAUUCAUUGUUCCUUGGAGUUAUUCCUCAUGUUUAAAUAAAGAUGUAUUAAUGAUAUUAAUUAGACCCUCUGUAUUCUCCCCUCCAGAGGGGCUACCCAGCCAAACAUGAGGUGUGUCAGUUCCACUUCACCUCCUGGCCAGAGCAUGGCGUUCCCUACCACGCCACAGGCCUGCUGGCCUUCCUUCGCCGGGUCAAGGCCUCCACACCCCCCGACGCUGGGCCCGUGGUCGUCCACUGCAGGUAACGGACCAUCUUACUUCAUACUGGAUAUGACCUCCAACCCCUAACCCCUGACCUCUAACCCCUAACCUCUCUCCUCUAUGUGUUAGUAUGGGAGUGGGCAGAACAGGCUGCUACAUCGUACUGGACGUCAUGCUGGAUAUGACCUCCAACCCCCUAACCUUUGACCUUUAACCCCUGACCUCUCUCCUCUAUGUGUUAGUAUGGGAGCAGGCAGAACAGGCUGUUACAUCGUACUGGACGUCAUGCUGGAUAUGGCAGAGUGUGAGGGAGUGGUGGAUAUCUACAACUGUGUUAAGACCCUCUGCUCCAGACGCAUCAACAUGAUACAGACAGAGGUAAGAAUAUAUUCUGCAUAUCAGGGAUGCCCAAUCCUUCUCCUGGAGAGCUACUCUCCUGCAGGCUUUCCCUCCAACCCUAAUCUAACACACGUAUUAUCUGAUUAGUUUCAGGUAUGUUAGCACAGGGGUUGGAGCCAAAGCCUGCAUAAACAUAGCUCCCGAGGAGGAGAGUUGACCUCCCCUGCUGUAUAUGGGCUCCCGAGUGGCGCAGCGGUCUAAGGCACUGCAUCUCAGUGCUUGAGGCGUCACUACAGACUCCUUCGAUUCCAGGCUGUAUCACAACCGGCCGUGAUUGGGAGUCCCAUAGGGCGGCGCACAAUUGGCCCAGCGUCGUCCGGGUUUGGCCAGUGUAGGCCGUCAUUGUAAAUAAGAAUUUGUUCUUAACUGACUUGCCUAGUAAAAUAAAAUAAAUAAAUAAAAUAUGGUAUACUAUAUAAUGGUAUUAUAUAAACCAGCAAUUCAUCAAUAAUUAAUUGAAAUACCAGGGAUCAACAGAGCUAGAUUAUGAUGUAACCUGAGGAGAGAUUAACAUUCAGUAUGCUAGACGCCCUUUCCAUGCCUGCUGAAUGUGUAUGGAAUUAUACUGAUGUUUUUGUCUACAAAUCUUACUGAUGUUGUCGACUUCAAACCUCACUUUGAAACCUGUUUACCAGUCUAAUACGGCUAUAAUUAGACUCAAUCAAGAAAAACAAUUUUUGAUGUGAUGAUCAAAUAAAAUCUGUAUCCUCAUUAAGGCUUUUAAAUUCAGGUCACUGAGAUUCUUUGUACUCCAAGAUGUCAAAACAAAUGUACAAACUAAUUGCAUUGAAUAGACUGAUAUUUAGGUAGGGUAUAUAGCAUGGGUUGGGCAUUUGGGCUUUUGGCUCUUUUUAUGUACAGUGGGGGAAAAAAGUAUUUAGUCAGCCACCAAUUGUGCAAGUUCUCCCACUUAAAAAGAUGAGAGAGGCCUGUAAUUUUCAUCAAAGGUACACGUCAACUAUGACAGACAAAUUGAAGAAAAAAAUUCCAGAAAAUCACAUUGUAGGAUUUUUUAUGAAUUUAUUUGCAAAUUAUGGUGGAAAUUAAGUAUUUGGUCACCUACAAACAAGCAAGAUUUCUGGCUCUCACAGACCUGUAACUUCUUCUUUAAGAGGCUCCUCUGUCCUCCACUCGUUACCUGUAUUAAUGGCACCUGUUUGAACUUGUUAUCAGUAUAAAAGACACCUGUCCACAACCUCAAACAGUCACACUCCAAACUCCACUAUGGCCAAGACCAAAGAGCUGUCAAAGGACACCAGAAACGAAAUUGUAGACCUGCACCAGGCUGGGAAGACUGAAUCUGCAAUAGGUAAGCAGCUUGGUUUGAAGAAAUCAACUGUGGGAGCAAUUAUUAGGAAAUGGAAGACAUACAAGACCACUGAUAAUCUCCCUCGAUCUGGGGCUCCACGCAAGAUCUCACCCCGUGGGGUCAAAAUGAUCACAAGAACGGUGAGCAAAAAUCCCAGAACCACACGGGGGGACCUAGUGAAUGACCUGCAGAGAGCUGGGACCAAAGUAACAAAGCCUACCAUCAGUAACACACUACGCCGCCAGGGACUCAAAUCCUGCAGUGUCAGACGUGUCCCCCUGCUUAAGUCAGUACAUGUCCAGGCCCGUCUGAAGUUUGCUAGAGUGCAUUUGGAUGAUCCAGAAGAGGAUUGGGAGAAUGUCAAAUGGUCAGAUGAAACCAAAAUAUAACUUUUUGGUAAAAACUCAACUCGUCGUGUUUGGAGGACAAAGAAUGCUGAGUUGCAUCCAAAGAACACCAUACCUACUGUGAAGCAUGGGGGUGGAAACAUCAUGCUUUGGGGCUGUUUUUCUGCAAAGGGACCAGGACGACUGAUCCGUGUAAAGGAAAGAAUGAAUGGGGCCAUGUAUCGUGAGAUUUUGAGUGAAAACCUCCUUCUAUCAGCAAGGGCAUUGAAGAUGAAACGUGGUUGGGUCUUUCAGCAUGACAAUGAUCCCAAACACACCGCCCGGGCAACGAAGGAGUGGCUUCGUAAGAAGCAUUUCAAGGUCCUGGAGUGGCCUAGCCAGUCUCCAGAUCUCAACCCCAUAGAAAAUCUUUGGAGGGAGUUGAAAGUCCGUGUUGCCCAGCGACAGCCCCAAAACAUCACUGCUCUAGAGGAGAUCUGCAUGGAGGAAUGGGCCAAAAUACCAGCAACAGUGUGUGAAAACCUUGUGAAGACUUACAGAAAACGUUUGACCUGUGUCAUUGCCAACAAAGGGUAUAUAACAAAGUAUUGAGAAACUUUUGUUAUUGACUAAAUACUUAUUUUCCACCAUAAUCUGCAAAUAAAUUCAUUAAAAAUCCUACAAUGUGAUUUUCUGGAUUUUUUUUUCUCAUUUUGUCUGUCAUAGUUGACGUGUACCUAUGAUGAAAAUUACAGGCCUCUCUCAUCUUUUUAAGUGGGAGAACUUGCACAAUUGGUGGCUGACUAAAUACUUUUUUUCCCCACUGUAUGUUCUAACACCCUCUCCUAUCCUAUUCUUUCUUGCUAUUAGCGGUUAGCAUUACAUUUACAUUUACAUUUACGUCAUUUAGCAGACGCUCUUAUCCAGAGCGACUUACAAAUUGGUGCAUUCACCUUAUAGCCAGUGGGAUAACCACUUUACAAUGUUUUUUUUUUUUUUUUUUUUGGGGGGGGGGGUAAGGGGGAGGUAGAAGGAUUACUUUAUCCUAUCCCAGGUAUUCCUUAAAGAGGUGGGGUUUCAAAUGUCUCUGGAAGGUGGUGAGUGACUCCGCUGUCCUGGCGUCGUGAGGGAGCUUGUUCCACCAUUGUGGUGCCAGAGCAGCGAACAGUUUUGACUGGGCUGAGCGGGAACUGUGCUUCCGCAGAGGUAGGGGAGCCAGCAGGUCAGAGGUGGAUGAAAGCAAUGCCCUCGUUUGGGUGUAGGGACUGAUCAGAGCCUGAAGGUACGGAGGUGCCGUUCCCCUCACAGCUCCGUAGGCAAGCACCAUGGUCUUGUAGCAGAUGCGAGCUUCAACUGGAAGCCAGUGGAGUGUGCGGAGGAGCGGGGUGAUGUGAGAGAACUUGGGAAGGUUGAACACCAGACGGGCUGCGGCAUUCUGGAUGAGUUGUAGGGGUUUAAUGGCACAGGCAGGGAGCCCAGCCAACAGCGAGUUGCAGUAAUCCAGACGGGAGAUGACAAGUGCCUGGAUUAGGACCUGUGCCGCUUCCUGUGUAGGCAGGGUCGUACUCUCCAAAUGUUGUAGAGCAUGAACCUACAGGAUCGGGUCACCGCCUUGAUGUUAGCGGAGAACGACAGGGUGUUGUCCAGGGUCACGCCAAGGCUCUUCGCACUCUGGGAGGAGGACACAACGGAGUUGUCAACCGUGAUGGCGAGAUCAUGGAACGGGCAGUCCUUCCCCAGGAGGAAGAGCAGCUCCGUCUUGCCAAGGUUCAGCUUGAGGUGGUGAUCCAUCAUCCAUACUGAUAUGUCUGCCAGACAUGCAGAGAUGCGAUUCGCCACCUGGUUAUCAGAAGGGGGAAAGGAGAAGAUUAGUUGUGUGUCGUCUGCGUAGCAAUGAUAGGAGAGGCCAUGUGAGGAUAUGACAGAGCCAAGUGACUUGGUGUAUAGCGAGAAUAGGAGAGGGCCUAGAACUGAGCCCUGGGGGACACCAGUGGUGAGAGCACGUGGUGCGGAGACAGCUUCUCGCCACGCCACUUGGUAGGAGCGACCGGUCAGGUAGGACGCAAUCCAAGAGUGAGCCGCGCCGGAGAUGCCCAGCUCGGAGAGGUUGGAGAGGAGGAUCUGAUGUUUCACAGUAUCAAAGGCAGCAGACAGAUCUAGAAGGACAAGAGCAGAGGAGAGAGAGUUAGCUUUAGCAGUGUGGAGAGCCUCCGUGACACAGAGAAGAGCAGUCUCAGUUGAAAGAUCAGUCUUGAAACCUGACUGGUUUGGAUCAAGAAGGUCAUUCUGAGAGAGAUAACAAGAGAGUUGGCUAAAGACGGCACGCUCAAUAGUUUUGGAGAGAAAAUAAAGAAGGGAUACUGGUCUGUAGUUGUUGACAUCAGAGGGAUCGAGUGUUGGUUUUUUGAGAAGGUGUGCAACUCUCGCUCUCUUGAAGACGGAAGGGACAUAGCCAGCAGUCAAGGAUGAGUUGAUCAGCGAGGUGAGGAAGGGAGAAGGUCACUGGAGAUAGUCUGGAGAAGAGAGGAGGGGAUAGGGUCAAGCGGGCAGGUUGUUGGGCGGCCGGCCGUUACAAGUCGCAAGAUUUUAUCUGGAGAGAGAGGGGAGAAAGAAGUCAAAGCAUAGGGUAGGGCAGUGUGAGCAGGACCAGCAGUGUCAUUUGACUUAACAAAUGAGGAUCGGAUGUCAUCAACCUUCUUUUCAAAAUGGUUGAUGAAGUCAUCCACAGAGAGGGAGGGGGGGGGGGGGGGGGGGGAUUCAGCAGGGAGGAGAAGGUGGCAAAGAGCUUCCUAGGGUUAGAGGCAGAUGCUUGGAAUUUAGAGUGGUAGAAAGUGGCCUUAGCAGCAGAAACAGAUGAAGAAUAUGUAGAGAGGAGGGAGUGAAAAGAUGCCAGGUCCGCAGGGAGUCUAGUUUUCCUCCAUUUCCGUUCGGCUGCCCGGAGCCCUGUUCUGUGAGCUCGCAAUGAGUCAUCAAGCCACGGAGCUGGAGGGGAGGACCGAGCCGGCCGGGAGGAUAGUGGACAUAGAGAGUCAAAGGAUGCAGAAAGGGAGGAGAGGAGGGUUGAGGAGGCAGAAUCAUGAGAUUGGAGGGAGAAGGAUUGAGCAGAAGGAAGAGAUGAUAGGAUGGAAGAGGAGAGAGUAGCGGGAGAGAGAGAGCGAAGUUUGCGACGGCGCAUUACCAUCUGAGUAGGGGCAGAGUGAGUAGUGUUGGAGGAGAGCGAGAGAGAAAAGGAUACAAAGUAGUGGUCGGAGACAUGGAGGGGAGUUGCAGUGAGAUUAGUAGAAGAACAGCAUCUAGUAAAGAUGAGGUCAAGCGUAUUGCCUGCCUUGUGAGUAGGGGGGGACGGUGAGAGGGUGAGGUCAAAAGAGGAGAGGAGUGGAAAGAAGGAGGCAGAGAGAAAUGAGUCAAAGGUAGACGUAGGGAGGUUGAAGUCCCCCAGAACUGUGAGGGGUGAGCCAUCCUCAGGAAAGGAACUUAUCAAGGCGUCAAGCUCAUUGAUAAACUCUCCAAGGGAACCUGGAGGGCGAUAAAUGACAAGGAUGUUAAGCUUAAAUGGGCUAUUGACUGUGACAGCAUGGAAUUCAAAAAAGGAGAUAGACAGAUGGGUCAGGGGAAAAAUAGAGAAUGUCCACUUGGGAGAGAUGAGGAUUCCUGUGCCACCACCCCGCUGACCAGAUGCUCUCGGGGUAUGCGAGAACAAAUGAUCAGACGAGGAGAGAGCAGUAGGAGUAGCAGUGUUUUCAGUGGUAAUCCAUGUCAGCGCCAAGAAGUCGAGUGACUGGAGGGUAGCAUAGGCUGAGAUAUACUCUGCCUUGUUGGCAGCGGUGUGAGGCGUUUGUAUAGCCUGUGUGGAGAGGAGAGAACAGGGAUAGACAGAGGCAUAGUUGACAGGCUACAGAAAAUGGCUACAAUAAUGCAAAGGAGAUCGGAAUGAAAUGAACCAAACAUCUGGGAAAGGAAAGAGCGGGGCCUCCCUCACCACAACACCCAAAUAUAACUCUCCCAACUUCCACCUCAGAAACUAUAAUUGUUGUAAACUACAGCGGUUCAAUGUUUUCUAGGAAUAGACUAACUUAGUUUAUUCAGCUAGCUAACUUGGUACAGUAUUCUUCCGUGAAAAUCGUCCAGGGCACCUAGUCAUAAGACGCCACAGCCAGCUAGCAUGCCGGACUCCAACAACGCAGUUUAGCACCAAUACUCGGCCACAACAAACCACCAGUGUGUCAACACGCCAAGCAGAUCGUUCGUGUCCGUGUCUAACGUUGUGGGUUAGUCCCGACAGCUUGAGCGAGUCCGUCGUCAACUUAUUCAGCCAGUUAGUUAGCUAGAAUAGUUAGCAUACUAGCUAGCCAUUGCUUUCAGACAAAUAAGAAACCCCUCCUUUCACGGCACGAACACACAGAGAGAGCCAAGCUAACGUUAACUAGUCACCCAUGUCCCGAAUUCCUUGAACGACUCUGGCUACCAAUAUGUAAAAACAAAACACAAGUGUAGGUUAUGACUUACCCCUAGCAGCUACUGUUAGCUAGCCAAGUGCAAUGCUAGCCACUGAAUUGACUCAGCCAGUUCGCGUCUGUUCGCUAGGUCGUUCCAGCUAUUGUUUACUAGUAGCUAUCCAGGUAGCAACAAGCUAGCUAAAUUUCAAGCACAGUAGCCACUUACUACCUAACGUUAACGGUUCAGACAAUGAGGUUAGAAAACAGCUGAAUGGUAGGCAUUAUUGUAUGUAAUUAUUGUAAGCAGCCAGCUGGCGUAAUUACAGGCACUCUCAGGCGUGAAACAACUAUACCGUUGCUAAUAGUUGCCAGUAGCCACCCGCCAGCUAGUCCAGGUAGUGGGUUAGCUAGCUAGCUUCGUGCUUCACCGGGCUCAGCCGAAGACAAUACUAACCUACAAUAAAUACAUACAACAACCCACGAUAACUACCUACAAUACCUAACUACAAUCUAAAUACAUAGUUUAAGCUUUUCUCGACAAAGCCCAAACUAUGUAUAAAGCCAAGCUUACCCAACGACCUCACCCGACAACCUCCUCCUCUCCUCAGACGUGUACACAUAUAGCAAAACAACAUUUGUGUGUGGGCAUGGUGAUGUGAUGAAUGUUGAUAUUUCUAACAAUUAGUCGACAUUAACAACGGUAAUGAAAUCCCAAUGUUACACUUCCCCCCAAACCACUAGCAAUUAUAGUCCUAUUAUCAAAACAAGAUAUUGGUACGUUUCUUGUUCGUUUCUCAAUCUAAUUGUCUUGUCUGUCGCUCGCUUUCUACCUCCCUACCUCCCUCUCCUCCCUCCUUCUCUUGCUACCUUCCCCUCUCUCUCUCUCUCUCUCUCUCUCUCUCUCUCUCUCUCUCUCUCUCUCUCCUCUCUCUCUCUCUCUCUCUCUCUCUCUCUCUCUCUCUCUUUCAGGAGCAGUAUGUGUUCAUCCAUGAUGCCAUCCUGGAGGCCUGUCUGUGUGGAGAGACAGCUAUACCAGUUAUUGAGUUUGCUCUGACCUAUAAGGAGAUGCUGAGGGUUGACUCACAGAGCAACACCUCCCAGCUACGAGAGGAGUUCCAGGUAAGACUAGUAGGAUGUUUUGUAAACAUUGUUUUAGCAGCCAGAAACUAUCUGACUAGAUAACAACUGGAAUUUGACUUCUUUCCCAUGACGUAUUGAUGUCCUCAAUAUGUUUUGUAAAGAAAAUGGUUGGGGUUGAUGUUUAAUGAAAUAGUGGAACUCAUUUCACAGAAUAAUUAUAUGAAUCUCUUACAAGUACUAGUAUUAAUGGUGCAAACUUAGAUCCACUAACUUUCACCAAACCACUAGUCAUGGCACAGUACAGUACCAUGUCCUUAGCUGUAUGCAUGGUCUAUUGCAGCAGUCUGAGAUUGUAAAUUAGACAAGUCAUAUUUCUGUAUAUUACAGUAAUUCCUAUUUCUGUAUGAGAUUAUCUUAGUUCAUCUGACUAGAUGGAUCUUCCUCCUCUUCCAUUUUAUUGACACAAAUCAUUAGUGACCUUCACCAUGCAUAAUUACAGCUACUUAUCUCUUUCAGACCGGGCUAUUGAAUACAUUCAUGAUGGUUAUUAUAGUCCAAUGAAAUAUCUUCACUGAAAUCAGACAUUUAGGAUGAAUCCCAAAUGGCACCCUAUUCCCUGUAUAUGCACUACUUUUGACCAGAGUCCUCUGGGCCUGGCCAAAAGUAGUGCACUAAAUAGUGAAUAGGGUGUCAUUUUGGACACCGUUUCUGAUAAUAAUUUAAACAUAUAUCUCCAAGAUGUAAUCCUGAUGCAAUGUAAGUUAGUCAUAAUUAUAAUGCACCAUUCAUACUGUCAAAUUCAACAGGGAGUUAUAAUUCAACACAAUACACAGCAAGUUAAAUAAUCUGUUUAAUUUCCCUUCCAAUUUCAUUUCCCAAAGCCUCAAUGUGCUUAUACAUAAUGUAUGUGGUUUGCGAUGAAAUGUGUUUUUAUCCAUUAAGCCCCUUCAUGUUUUUUUGACUGAUGCUUAAUGCGUUUUAAAGUUUCAGCCGGAUGAUGAUUAGACAGUGAAAUAUUUGCGGUUGUCAAAUAUUGACAGUUAGACAGUUUGAGCUGAGUACAUUUUCAAUGUCCGCUUUCUCUUUUCUCUUUUCUCUUUUUGCUCUCUCUCUCUCUCUCUCUCUCGCUCUCUCUCUCUCGCUCUCUCUCUCUCGCUCUCUCUCUCUCGCUCUCUCUCUCUCUCUCUCUCUCUCUCUCUCUCUCUCUCUCUCUCUCUCUCUCUCUCUCUCUCUCUCUCUCUCUCUCUCUCUCUCUCUCUUUCUCUCCUCUCUCUCUCUCUCUCUCUCUCUCUCUCUCUCUCUCUCUCUCUCUCUCUCUCUCUCUCUCUCUCUCUCUCUCUAUCUCUCUCUCUCUAUCUCUCCAUCUCAACCUCUCUCCUUCUUUAUCUCUCUCCGCCCCCUCUUCCAGACGUUGAACUCUGUGACCCCUCACCUGGACAUGGAGGAGUGCAGCGUGUCCCUGUUGCCUAGGAACCGCGAGAAGAACCGUAGCAUGGACGUCCUGCCUCCCGACCGCGCCCUGGCCUUCCUGGUCACCACCGAGGGCAUUGCAGAGGGCAGCAACUACAUCAACGCCGCUCUCACCGACAGCUUCCACCGGCCCGCCGCCUUCGUGGUCACACCGCACCCGUUACCGGGAACCACAGCAGACUUCUGGAGGCUGGUCUAUGACUAUGGAUGUACCUCGGUGGUGAUGCUCAACCAGAUCAACCAGUCCAACUCUGCCUGGGUGAGAAGAGGGGAGGUGAGGGGCAGAGGAUGGAGGAAGGAAGGGGGAAGUGAAUUGAUGAUGUUGACUGACUGACUGACUGACUGACUGACUGACUGAGCGAGCCCUGUGGCUAUCAGGUACUGGUCAAAUAUCUCAUCCUUAUACUCGAUUGGUCAAAGCUGUGGUCUGACCAAUCCCAUGUCAUAGCAAGCUGACUUAUAGCCUUUGUGUAGAUUAAUGAAUAGUUGAUUCAUUUUUUGCCUUCUUGUCAGGGCAUUACCAUGUCCUUAAGCCUUUCACUGUUAGUCUACACCUGUUGUUUACGAAGCAUGUGACAAAUAACAUUUACAUUAUUUCCUCCCCAACUCCUGAGUGGCGCAGUGAUCUAAGGCACUGCAUCGCAGUGCUAACUGUGCCACUAGAGAUCCUGGUUCGAAUCCAGGCUCUGUCGCAGCCGGCCGCGACCGGGAGACUCAUGGGCGGCGCACAAUUGGCCCAGCGUCGUCUAGGGUAGGGGAGGGAAUGGCCGGCAGGGAUGUAGCUCAGUUGAUAGAGCAUGGCGUUUGCAACGCCAGGGUUGUGGGUUCGAUUCCCACGGGGGGCCAGUAUAAAAAAAAUAUGUAAUCAAUAACUGUAAGUCGCUCUGGAUAAGAGUGUCUGCUAAAUAUGUAAAAAUGAUUUGAUUUCUUAUUAUUCUGUUCUCGCCCUUGUGUUUGCUCAUGUGUGGCUUUGUCUGUGGCCUUCUUAUCUUUCACCUGUAACUGUAUCCUGGUGCUGGCCUGACUAAUGUUUACUCCAUGGCUCUCAUCUAGAACUGUUUGUCUCUUUCUUGUCUACUCUCACUCCUUCCCUCAUUCCCUCUCGCUCUUUCUCCUCCACUCUUUUCCUCUCCUUCCUUGACCCUUUCUCUCCUGUCACUCUCUUUCUUUCUCCUUACUCUUCUCUCCUUCUCUCUCGUCUCUUCUUCCCCCUCCUGUAUCGUCUCUGUCCUACUAUCCUUCUCUGCCAUGUCCUAAUUGCUCUCUUUUUCCCCCCUCUCUCUCACUCUUUUCUCUCUUUCCCAUCCCCCGCUCCCUCCCUUUCUCUCUCUACCAGUAGAUUAAGAGUGUACCCCUGUCGUCUGUGCUAUCUUUCUCUGUGUAUGAAAAUGUAUCUCUCCCUCUGCACCCCGUCACCUCGUUAAUACCUCUCUGUCAACUUGAUUGGACAUUAUCGCUACCUUUUUCCUCCCCUGAUCCUCCUGCCUCCCCCUACCUCCCUCUUCCCUUCCUGUCACAACUAACACUGUUAGCAUGUUAACACUACACCCCCGUCUCCCUCCCUCCCUCCCUCUAUCCCUCCUUCCCUUACUGAUCCUCUCUCCGUCCCCCUCACUGUCACAGCUAACACUGUUAGCAAUUUAACACUUCACUCCCCAGUGUCUCCAUCCCUCCGUUCCUCCCUUCGGCUGACGAGAGUCUUUGAAGCAGCUGCGACCUGUAUUGACUAAAGACCUUGGCCAGUUCUGUGUGCUCUGUGCACCAAUCCCUAAUUGACUCCAUGUGUAUUUCUCCCAGGCACUGCCGAGGUUACCCACUGACCACACUGCAUUCAUUUAUAAUGGGCUAAUGUUAAUAAUUUAGAGUGAUGAAUUAUUAAAAUGCUAUGAAACGCUGUAA